AUGGAAAUAAAAGAUAUAGAAAUAGAAAUAGAGGAAUCAAAAAAAGUCUUGGAGAUUAGUUUUCAAUAUUUCUUUGGUAAAUUAACAAUUUUAAUUUAUAAUCAUUUGAGAGAAAAAGAGAAUGAACAGCUUAGAAAUAUUAAAUUAAUUGGAGGGAUUGAUCAAAUUGAAAAUAAGAUUAUAGUUCCAAAAACAGUUGAUGAUCAAUAUAAAUUAAUAAUACUUAGAUAUUGUAGAUAUUUCUCAACUAAAACAAAUAAAAUAUCUAUAUCCACUAAGAUAUUAAAUAAAUCAGAAUCAUAUAAAAUCAAUUUAAUAGAGAGUGACUUCCAAGAGGAUAUUAACUAUUUCCAACAAACACAAGUCAUUAAUAACAAACGAUAUCAUUUAAUAUCAAGAUUUACAAACAGUAAUGCUAUCAAUGAUGUAUAUUUGGUAGGUGGUACUGAUGAUCAAAGAUUGAUAAACUAUAAAGAUAAUCAGAAAUCUUAUGAAAGUGCUGAGAAUGAAAUCAAAGCAAUGAAAUUAUUUAAAGGAAAUCAAAGAUUUGUUCAACUUGUUGACUAUCAAGAAGACAAAGGUAAUCAAAUCUUUCAUAUCAUCACUGAAUAUUGUUUUGAUGGGGAUCUUUCUCAUAUAAUAAAACGUUUAACUGAACAAGAUAGAAUCAUUGAUGAAUUGGUUUUAAAGAAAUAUAUCUCACAACUUUUCAAUAUUCUUUUGGACCUUGAUAAACAUGGAAUUGUUCAUUGUGAUAUCAAACCAUCAAAUAUAUUUAUUCAUGAAUUUGAUUAUGAUUUUUCUUUGAAACUUGGUGAUUUUGGAAGCUGUUUAUUCAUCGACCAAUUACCUGUCAUUGAAUAUAUAAAUACAAAAGAAAAUAAUCUUGAUACUAGGAAGGAAUAUAACAAUACUGAUAUAUCAUAUCCAACUAUUAUUUCAAACCCAUAUAUAAGAGGAACUAAAGGUUAUAUUUCACCGGAAGCAAUGAACAAACAAUAUGCACAUUCAUGUGAUAUUUUUUCAAUUGGAUCAACGAUUCUCAAAUUAUUAUGUUGUCAUCAAGAAGAUCGAAAUAAUCAUCAACUAUUCCAAACUAAUGGUGAAAUUAAGAUUUCAGAAUGCAGAUAUUCAAAACAAUUGAUUGAAUUAGUUAAUCGAUUGUUGGAUCAGAGAUCAAAGAAUAGAGAAUCAUUGAAAUGUUUUCUAAACAAAUAUAUUGAUGCCAUCACUAAUGAAUAUACUAUUACUUUCAAUGUGGAUACAGAUUUCAAUAAUACAUCAAAAAAUAUUACUGAAUUAUAUUUUGGUAGAGAAUUUAAUCAACAUUUGAAUAGAAACUCUCUUCCUCCAAAUAUUAUUACAUUAUCAUUUGGACAUUAUUUCAAUCAACCAAUACUUAUUGAUGUGCUCCCAAAAUCACUCAAAUAUUUAUCAUUUGGUUACUAUUUCAAUCAAAAACUGGAAAUAGGAGUGCUACCCAAUUCUCUUUUAUCAUUAUCAUUUGGGGAUGCAUUCAAUCAAGUGUUAUCAGUCGGUGAAUUACCUGUAAAAUUGAAAUCAUUGUUUUCUGGAAAUGGAUUCAAUCAAAUAUUAUCAGUUGGUGUGUUACCUAAAUCACUCUUAUCAUUGGUGCUUGGAGAUAGAUUCAAUCUAUUAUUAUCAAAGGGAGUGUUUCCUGAAUCACUAAAAUCAUUAAAAAUGAUGGGAUACAAUCUUAGAAUUGAUAGAGAUGUUCUACCUAAUAAUCUCGAAAAUUUAUAUUUUGGAUCGUUUAAUCAAACAUUGGAUAUUGGAACCUUUUCAAAUCAAAUUAGAUCUUUAACAUUCACAAAAUUAAGACAACCUUUGGAUAUUGGAGUAUUACCACAAACUCUUGAAGAUUUACGAUUUGGUUCAGAAGGUCAACACAUUAGCAUUGGUGUUCUCCCUUCAUCUCUAAAAAGAAUAAUGUUUUUUUGUCAUGACAAUUCUAAACAAUCUAGCAACACAAAUGGAAUUUUUGAAUUGAUACCCACAUCUAUUGAAUCACUCAUAAUAAGUGGAUAUAAUGAAUUAGAGAUUAAAAAAAGAAAAUUUCUAAAGACUCUCGAAAUUGAUCUUGGUGGAGGACAUAAAUAUGAAGCAUCUAUUCUUACAAAUUCUAUUGAAUCACUUAAAUAUAUUCAAGAAUUCUAUCCAGUAUAUUUUUCGUCUCAUUACUUAGAAUUAACCUCUCCACUUCAAGGAGAAUAUAUCACCGCUCUACUUGUUACAUUAAUUAAAAAUUAA